AUGACAGCCAUGACGGUCGAGCGACCAUGCGAUGCGACGGCGUGGUUCGAGUCGGUUCCUCACCUGCUCUCCGAGCAGGAGUGGGAGGUGUCCGGGCGCAUUGGGCAGUCCAGCCUGUCCCACUGCCGCUGCCCUUGGGGGGGUCACUUGUUGAGGCUCUCUCUGAGUGGUAUUCAUGUGCAGAACGCGGACACCAGAAGUCUGCUGCUUAGACCGGAGACCAGGGCAAAGCAUGAAGCCCAGCUGCCGCUUGGAGGGCGCAUGGAGCUGCUCGAGCUUCUGGCACCGGGUGAUACACUCGUGAGGCAGCCUGCCUCCUGGGGACUUCUGCAGCUGUGCAGCUUGGUCUUUGGGAAUGCUGGGGCUUCGGGCAUCGGUUUGCCAGAGCUCUCCGCCCCCAUCGUCAGUCGGCAGAGGCUGUACCGCGCUUGGCCAACAAAUGAAGACACCACCCUCAUGUUCUCCAGAAAUGAAGCUGACCCUGCUGAUGCCCUACUGAUCUGCCGCCCACAAGGAGCCGAGCACGUCGGGCUUGUCGGCGUUUUCAGUGUUUCCGAAGACAAGUUUGACCAGUGGAUGUCGACCCAUCAUGCCUUGUUGCUUGAGUCCGCCAUCUCCACAGCGACGCGGUUCUUGAACCGGCCGGGGAUUACCCAGUUGCGUGCCUUUGACGCGAACAUGUACACUGUGCUGAGCGUCCACAGCUGCAAACGCGGCCCGCCGCUGCUGCCACUGGCAUCCGGUUCUGCUCAGAGAGCCGAUGUCGUCAUCAAGACAGAUGAGCGAAGUCAGCUUGGCGCAUGGGCUCGCAUGCCUUUGUGCUCGGAUGGGAAGUUUCGCUUGGUCGACUUUGUCAAGCAGUUUGCAAAGAAUCUGGGUAUGAGCUUGCAGGCCUACAGCUCGCUGGAUGGCCAGAGGUUGGUUCACUACCAGUGCGUGGUGAAGCGUGAGGAGUGGGAUCGUGUCCGAGAGCAAUUUCAAGAAGCAUUCCUGGUUCAGAAACGAGCCUACCGCCGCGCCAAUGGUGGAUCAUGUGCUCCUUGUCUUGCAGCAGAUGCCGAGCCUCGGUUCGCUCCAGAUGCGAGACGUGCAGGGCUGUGCAAUCAGAUUCGGCUCAAUGCGCACAAGCCAGCACAGCACAAGACAGUGGUGCGACGCACUUUCAUCGAAGUCGCAAGUGACGACGACAGUACGGAGGAUGAGAUGGUGAUCAUUCAGGAGAGGUCCAACCGGCGGGCCAAGACUUUCCCUUCCCGAUUGCCGACAUCCUCAGACUCAUCGGAUCAAGAUCUUUAG